AUGGUCGUACUCGCUGCAUCUGUCUGCACAAGAAGUGGCAAACCUCUACUCUCCCGUCAAUUCAGACCUAUCCCCCGCGGUCGUAUCGACUCUCUCCUCGCAUCUUUCCCUAAACUCAUCCCUGCCAACUCGCAACAUACUACGGUCGAGACCAACGAUGUUAGAUUCGUAUACCAGCCUUUCGAGGAGCUCUAUGUCUUGCUCAUCACGAAUAAGGGGAGCAAUAUCCUCCAGGACAUUGGCACUCUAUCUCUGAUCGUUCGCCUGAUCUCCUCCCUCACACCAGCAAUGACCGAACCUGCUAUCCUCCACCAUUCCUUCGAUCUUCUCUGUGCCUUUGACGAAGUCGUCUCCCUCGGCUACAAGGAGAACGUCUCUCUCCUCCAAGUCCGCAACGUCCUCGAAGGAGAGUCGCACGAAGAAAAGAUCCAAGAGAUCAUUGCGCGCAACAAGGAGGCCGAGGCGAAAGAAGAGCUCAAGAGACGCGCAAAGCAGCUCGAGAUGCAGAGGCGGGAGCAGCAGAGGCGCGCUCAAGGCGGCGGUAGUGCAGGAGGGUUUGGGAAUGGUGCUGGAAAUGGGUACUCGUCCGUCCCUAGGUACGAACAGCCGGCUGCUGCGCAAGAAUAUAGGGCACCAUCGCCUGCGGUGAAUGCGCCUUCCAAGCCGGCGUUCAAGGGGAGUGGAAUGAAACUCGGAAAGAAGGGAAAGCAGACAGAUCUGAUGAACGCUCUGGGUGGGGAGGGCCAGGGCGAUUAUGAAUGA